CUAAUCAAAACCCAAAAAAAAAAAAAAAAAAAUAUAACAAUUUCAUUUUAACUACAACAACAAAACGAAAGAAAACAAAAUCAUUAAACACACGUAUUGUGUGGUUAGUAUCUGAAAAGCUGUGUUACCUGAAGGUAGUAUAUAAAAAACAUUCCGUUGCCACCAAACCUUAAAAAAAUAAAACUUAAGAAAUUCGCUAAUAUUUUAUAAAGCAUAUUACAUUAAGCCAAGCUUUGUGUUGGCUUCAUUUACGGUCAAUUGGCCUUGUUUUAGUGUGUGUGCCUUAAUCAAUAUAAAAAACGCUGCCAAUUACAAUGAGGGGAUUGAUCCCGUUAACAAGUUUAUUUUUAGUAUUUUAUACUACAUUUACAAAUGGAUCAAGUCAAGACCUUAUUUAUGGUUAUGAAUGUCGCCAGAGUAAAUGUGUGAAAGUAGAAUUAGACGAAAAGAAUUGGAACAAGGCAAUUAGUUUACCAGUAUGCCGAAUGUUCUGUGGUGAUACCGUUGGUACAAUAUGGCCGAAGCCAACGGGUUCGGUAAAUUUAGAUUCGUCUCUUUUACACAUUGAUCGCAGUGCUAUAGAGUUUGUACUACCUACAUAUCGCCAUCAAGUUAAACUUUGGGAAGCGAAUCGUGAGCGUUUUAUGGAUUUGGUAGAAAAUAAAGUACCAAAUCCAGAAUUUUUAAAGAACGAAGGACAUCCUCUCAAAAUCUUAAUAGAAUUAGAUAACAAUAAUCGUGAUAAUGAUGAAAUACCGAGAUUAACAUUAGACACCGAUGAAAGCUAUGAAUUGGAACUGAAAACAUCAGAUGAUCAUGAAGUGUUUGCAAAUAUAAAAGCGAAAAGUUACUUUGGCGCACGACAUGGUCUUGAAACGUUAAAUCAAUUGAUUGUCUAUGAUGAUAUAAGAAGAGAAUUGCAAAUAGUAUCAAAAGCAAUCAUACACGAUAAGCCUGAGUUUAAAUGGCGUGGAGUUUUAUUGGAUACCUCCAGAAAUUUCUAUACUGUAAAGGCUAUUAAAAGAACUUUAGAUGCCAUGGCCAUGGUCAAAUUGAAUACUUUCCACUGGCAUAUCACCGAUUCUCACAGUUUCCCCAUGGAGAUCAAAGCCAGACCUGAACUUUAUAAAUUGGGUGCCUAUUCUCCACGUAAAACAUAUAGCCAUCAAGAUAUACUCGAAAUUGUUGAAUACGGUCGCGUUAGAGGCAUACGUGUAAUGCCGGAGUUUGAUGCUCCCGCUCAUGUUGGUGAGGGUUGGCAACACAAAAAUAUGACUGCUUGCUUCAAUGCCCAACCCUGGAAAGAUUAUUGUGUAGAACCACCAUGUGGACAGUUGGAUCCCACUGUUGACAAUAUGUACGACAUCCUGCAAGAUAUCUAUCAGGACAUGUUUGAUCUUUUCCAACCGGAUGUUUUCCAUAUGGGUGGAGAUGAAGUAUCCGUUAAUUGUUGGAACAGCAGUAAACAGAUACGCAAUUGGAUGACGAAACAAGGCUGGGGUUUACAAGAAGCGGAUUUUAUACGUUUAUGGGGUCAUUUCCAGACAGAAGCCUUAAAGCGAGUAGAUACCGCUGCCAAGGGACAGCAAGUUCCUAUUACAUUAUGGACUAGUCGUCUUACAGACGUACCCUAUUUAGAUGAUUAUUUAGACAAGCAACGUUAUAUUAUACAGAUAUGGACGACGGGCAUGGAUCCUAAGGUGACUGAUAUUUUAAAACGCGGCUUUCGCAUUAUCGUUUCAAAUUAUGAUGCUCUAUACUUUGACUGCGGCGGUGCUGGUUGGGUUACUGAUGGCAAUAACUGGUGUUCCCCUUAUAUUGGCUGGCAAAAGGUCUAUGAAAAUCGCAUGGAAACAAUUGCUGGUGAUUAUGUACCACUAGUAAUGGGCGCCGAAGCAGCAAUUUGGUCCGAACAAAUCGAUGAACAUACAUUAGAUCAACGCUUUUGGCCGAGAGCUAGUGCUUUAGCUGAACGUUUAUGGUCUAAUCCUUUAGAAGGCUGGCGUCAGGCUGAACCACGUAUGCUAUUGCAUCGUGAACGUUUGGUUGAAAAUGGUAUAUCGGCAGAAGCUUUACAGCCAGAAUGGUGUUUACAAAAUCAGAACGAAUGUCCCAUUGAUGCGUAUACAAGUCAAAAAAAGGUAUAAUAAAACCAAGUAAAUCGAGAUUAUUUUGGUUCCUAGUACCAAUAUCGAUAAUAGUGAUAUUUUCCCUAUAUGUUUUCAACUCAUUUAAAUGAAAAACAAUUAAGACAUUUUUUAAUAUUAAUUUUAUUACUUAAAAUUUUGGUCUAGAAUUAAUUUGUAAAAUAAUAGUCACUGUUUUGGAAUUAUAAAAAAAAAUUAAAAACUUAAG